UUAUUCUGUUUCAUAUACCACCCGCAAUACGUCUAGCACUUUUUUGUUUAAAAUUUUUGUAUUAUAAUAUUAUUCUUUGCAAAAAUUAGUUCAUAUUAGUUCUUUUCGGCCUUUUUUAGUUUUGAAACUUUUAAAUUUGAAAUUUGAAGAUAAUUUGAAGUAGUGAAAAACAAUUUAAACAAUGGUUUUUAGGUUAGAUAUGAAGUGUUAGGACCUUUAAAUAAAUUUCAGUCAUUUGUAUUUUCUUAAGGCCCAUAGCCUAUAUCCAGCUAGGUUUUAAGUAUGAGUGAUAUUCAGAGUUGGACUUACGAAGAAAAGAAAUCGUUUUUAAUAGCUCUUAGAGCAUAUGGUGAUUCUGAUCUUUUCAAAUUACAAUCUAUACUACCAAAUAAAGGAAUUACAGAAAUUAGAAAGAUCAUUGAUCAUUACAAAAAUAAAGCGCAACUUAAAUGGCUGAAUGAUGAAAAUAGAAAAAAUGAUGAAAUAAGGAACUGGCUAGAUAUUUUAGAGAAAAUAAACUCCAAACAAGUUGGACCGAUACAUGACAUUAUUCCAAGAGUUUUGAAAUAUAUUGCUUUAUUUGAAAAUAAGUCAAAGAAUAGUGAUAUAAAAAUGAGAGAAGUAUAUUUGUAUUUAUCUGAAAUCAGUAAAAUAGGUUAUGGUAGUAAACCAAAGGAACUACCUGAAAGAGCCCGAUAUUUGGUAUAUAAGUGCUUACAUCAGUUGGCACAGAAUUUACAAAAUCAAGAUAUAGAAGAGACAAAGUUAUUCUUAAAAGGGUUAGAAAAGUUUGAUGAUUUGGUUCAAUUUAGGAAAGAGGCUUCUGUAAAUUCACUCCAUGUACCUGAUUAUCUUUUACAAGUAAAUAAAAGUGACUUUGUUGAAGACAAUUAAGAAAUAAUUGUUUCUUGUAUGAUUAAGAUAUGAUUAUGAUGAUGUAUGAGAAAAGGAAAACAAAUAAAAACUUGAUGAUUUGAUUUGA